AACUGAACCGGCAGACGGGUGAUCCCAUCUAACGACGUGCAGAGCAUGCACCGCAGCUCCCGCCGUCGCGAUGCCUGGCUGGAUGGACGGCGCUGGCCCCGGUCCGGGCUGAGUCAAUGAUGCGGGGAACAGCCCUGCAGCCCUGCGGGUGACUUCCCCGCCUGACCUGCGUCGCCGCCAGCCAAACUCCGCCUGGAACGGGGUCUCAACUGCCGUUUGACGAUCACCAGCAGCAAGCAACGACGACAACAACAACCGCAACAACCGCCCGCCGCCGCCGCCACCACCGCAGCAGCAGCAGCAGCAGCAAACAGCUUGCUGUAUUUCAACCUGCCAUCGUCCUUCAGUUAAAUUACACUCCCUCCUCGCCCAUGUUUCUACGGCAUUGACCUCUUUUCGAUUCUCUCUCCUCAAGGCCCCCUUGAAUUGAGAGAAUUGCCUUUCCUUGUCUUGCCUUGGUUAAGACUCCUUGCUUUUUUGGAAAACUUCCUGGAGAAGCACACAACAUCCGUAGCUAUAGCCAUAUCCACAGCUCACCACCAUGCGGUGGGUGUUUGUUGCCGCCCUGCUCUGGGCCGCGGCCCUCUACCCGGUCGCUGCAGUGGCUGCUUCUCGCCUGAAGCCCCCAGUAUUGCCGUUGACCGUGCGGAACCCGUAUCUGAGCACCUGGCUGGGAAAUGCUCGUGGUGACCCGUGGUCGAAAUGGCCUAUGUUCUGGACUGGCCAGGAGAUUGGCAUGAGUUUGAUGGCGCAGAUACCUAGCACCGGUGCUGUGUACCCGCUGGUUGGAAGACCGCACGAUUCGCUAGAUGCGGAGAAUCCUGAUGGCUAUCAUGUGGCCUUUCCAAUCUUUACUGGCUCCAGCUACGAUGCGUCGACAACGAAUUUGACGUAUCACAUCCUCUCACAGGCUGAAGGGGGUACGGCUAGAGAGCUGGAUAUUACUAUCUCAUUCUUAUCUCCCAUAACGCCAACUUCCACUCUCCGUCAGUCGAUUCCGGCAUCGUAUGUAGAUGUUUUCGUAAAGGGCGACGUCAAUGUUAAUAUAUACAUGGACGUCAAUGGUCAAUGGGUCAGUGGAGACCGAGGAAGUAUGAUAGAAUGGCGAUUCGAUCAUAUUGCCCCUGAUCAAGGCGAUAAAAGCUUGUUGAAAUGGGAAGUCAAAAGACAAACCGAGCUUCUAUUUACAGAGUUCGGGGAUCGCGCUGAAUGGGGAGCCUUACAUUUUAUGGCGCCUCCGGAUGUUCGAUACGAGUCCGGAACCUCUGCACUACUGAGGCAGCGCUUUUCAAGAACCGGUACUCUACAGAAUGUCAACGAUCCUGUAUAUCGAACGAUCAUGGAUAACGAGCCGGUCUUCGCUUACGCCAAAUCGUUUCGCCUUGGAAAUAAUGUCCGGGAGGAUUCGGUGACUUUUACCAUUGCACAUAUUCAGGAUCCAGUUGUUCAGUUCGCUGCUGCCCGUGGGCUGACAUUGAUGAAACCGCUUUGGCAGUCAUGGUUCGCAGAUAUCAACAGCCUCAUUCUUUUCCAUUAUCACGACCUCAACAACGCCAGGCUACUUACAUCCAAGUAUUCUAAUCAACUGGCCAUCGAUGCUUUCCUAUCCGGAGCCGAAGAUUACGUAGACAUUGUCGCUCUUUCAGCAAGACAAGUUCUCGGUGCAACCUCCUUUUCUGGAACCGCGGAAAGCCCAGUUUUGUUCCUCAAGGAGAUAUCUUCGAAUGGAAACUGUCAAACAGUGGACGUUAUCUUCCCGUCUUUCCCAUUCUUCCUAUAUACAAAUCCGCGGUGGCUGACAUAUCUGCUUGAACCACUCUUCGAACACAUGCUGAGCGGACAAUACCCGAAUAAAUACUCCAUGCAUGACCUGGGCAGUCAUUUCCCAAAUAUGACUGGACACCCCGACGGAAAAGAUGAAUACAUGCCUGUUGAAGAGUGUGGUAACAUGCUCAUAAUGACCCUUGCGGUGGUGAACUCGCUUAGAUAUCCUGCAGGAGCCGCUGGCGAGGAGACUUUACAUUCCCGUGGCGUUAUUGAUGGUGACGAUCCCAUACCACCGGUGACCGGAAUAUUUCCACUGGUCCCCCUUCAGACUAGCAACGGCAUUGAUAAGAUCGAUACCCCGUGGAUCGAUGAUGGCUCUGUUUCGCGUGCGCGUGAAUGGGUUGACCGAUCAUACACAUUGAUCAAACAAUGGACAGGCUACCUGGUCGAAUUUUCCUUGUUGCCCGAGAAUCAACUUUCUACCGACGAUUUCGCUGGGUGGUUGGCCCUUCAGACUAAUCUUGCUCUGAAAGGGAUCGUUGGUAUCAACGCCAUGAGUGAACUGUCCCGAUUUGUUGAAAACAGAGCCGACACGUUGUUCUACAAAAACGUUUCCGACACUUAUAUCUCCAAGUGGGAAGGAUACGGCUUUUCGAGGGAUAAGACACACGCUAAAGUUGCUUAUGACUGGUACGGUUCCUGGACCACCUUAUACAAUAUGUACGCCGAUGCACUUCUCUGCUUCCAUUUGGACGGGACCAAAUAUGACCCGAAUCCAAUCCAGGCAGACUUCGAAUCGAUCUCUGAGCCUGUGCGGCGCCGGGAGGGUUUUAUUCCAAAGCGUGUAUAUACUUUGCAGUCCAAAUGGUAUCAGUACGUACGGCAAAAGUAUGGAUUACCCCUUGACAGCCGACAUCUAUAUACAAAAUCAGACUGGGAAUUUUUCGCCAUGGCGGUUGCUAGCGAGUCGACUCGCCACGAGAUCCUGGAGUCAGUCGCGUUGUGGGUUAAUGAGACGGCGUCAGAUCGACCAAUGACGGAUCUGUACAAGACUGAAGGCGAUGGUGGCUUCCCAGGUCCAAAUUUCUUCGCCCGGCCGGUCGUUGGUGGGCAUUUUGCUUUCCUAGCUCUUGAAAAGGCUUGCAAGGGAAGGGCUAUGGAUGGCCUAGCGUUCCUGAAUGAAGACACCAAUAGGGAACCCGAUGCAAAUGAGCCCACCGGUGGCGGUGGCGAUGACGAAAGCGAGAAUUUGAUGAUAGAGAUCCAGGGGAAGUAUGACGGAUCACAGCUGAGGAUUGCCCUGAAUGAUGCAGAUGAGGAUGACUGGGCCGGCCCCAGAGACUAGAUGUUCUAGCUGGAGUUUUGCAUCAGUUUGUCAAUGAGGUCAUCAAUUUGGAGUAUGCCUAUCUCGUCAUUCCGUCUUCUUGGAUGAAACAUGUGCUGGUUCACUCGGGAUUGCACGUUGGAGUUGCACAGGAGGUUGAUCCUUUUGCAUAGUUAGACCAGUACGCUUACCCUCCGAUCAUUA